AGGAGUCCGGAGACAGACAAGAUUCAGGAAGUUUACGUUCGUCCCACAGCUGAACUCAUCAGACAUGUCAACAUCUGCCUCACAGUCCGAGCUGAGGCUGGUGGUUCUGGGCCCCAGACAGGCAGGAACCAGGCCCGCGGUUUGCUCCAUCCUGGGCCUGGAGGACCAGGACUCGGAUGUGGGUUCUGUUCCGGAGUGCACCAAACACAGAGGAGAGGCUGCUGGCAGCCAGGUGGUGGUAGUCUCCAGUCCAGCCUGGUUCAGCUCAGCCUACGACCCAGAGGAGAGAAGGAAACACCUCUCCUCUCUUGUGGCGUUGUCCAGCCCGGGCCCACACGCCUUCCUGCUGUGUGUUUCUGUGAACCAGCCGUCGGAGGACGAAGGCAGAGCCCUCGACGUCCUGGCCCAGAUGUUGGGCCCCGCUGCAGUCAGCACGUACACCACCAUCCUCUUCACCCACACCGAGGAGCUGGACGAGGACGAACAGCUGGAGGGAUACCUCGCCACGUGGCGCAAAGACCUCCUGGAGAUGGUGGCGAGGUGCGGUGACCGUUACCACACCCUGGAGAGCCGAGGCGGAGGAGCGGAGGAGAGGAGAGCCGUGGAGGAGCUGCUGGAGAAGGUGAAGGAGGGCGGGACCCAGCACUUCAGCUGCCCCCUCUACCAGGAGGCGGAGGAGAGGGUGAAGGCCAGGCAGGUGGAGAUUGUGAGGCAGAGGAGGGAGGAGGAGCACGACUCUCCCACUGACCCAGAAGAUGAAGUGACGGAGGAGGAGAUGGAGGCGGUCCGGGAAGAGGCGGAGAGGAGCGUCGGGGGCUUCGCUUUGGAACUGGGUGGGAUUUUUCCAUCUUCUAGCGUCUCUCCUUCCUCCCACGCGUUCCACGGAGGACUGUGGGAGAGGCUGGUGGCCUGGAUCAGGUGGCUGCCCUCUCUUGUGAGAAGGGAUGCCUUGAUGGGGGCCCUGGUCGGCCUGUUUGUGGGGGGGCCAUUCGGAGGGAUGGUUGGGGCCACUGUGGGCUCCGUGGCUUCUGAAGUGGGGAAACGAAAAACAGAAGAAACUGAGAAAAGUAAAUAAGAGAUGAUGUCAUUAAUAUAUGCAAGAGGUUUGAUGUCAUUGAUGAUGUAACCCUGAGCUGUGGAGCUGAGCUGCUCAAACCUCUUCAAAUAAAUCGUCGUUCAGCUUUCACACUUCAACUAAAGCUGGAGGAACAAUUCCUUGUGUCUCAUCAAAUCAGCCUUUCCCCCUGUGUGAAGUACUGGUGGCAGUUUUACAGUUGGGGCGUGCUAUGCUGCACGUGGAAUGUGGUGGUAGUGUCAUGGUUUGGUCCUACUGGGCCACAUCUGGAAGCUGGCAGUAGUACCGUAAUUGCCGGUCUAUAGAGCGCACCCGAAUAUAAGCUGCAAAUUUUUUUUUUUUAAUUGCACAUAUACAGUAUAAGCUGCGAGUGUUCACGUUGUAACAUGAGCGACAUCACAGCUCUGAGAGAGCUGUGCAGCUCUUGUUGUAGAUCAAGAUUCAACCACCAGAGGGUGUUCACAGACUUUCUGUCACUGUUCCUCACACACAGUGAAUCACACAGGUCUUCAUGACAACUACCGCCCUCACUCAUGGUUACUCUGCUGCUGAAUGCUCUAACACAUGAUGAACACAAACUAGGCUAACAAGAACAGACUAAUCACUAAAAGAACAAUGCUAAACAUCUAAUAGAAAUGAUUCGCCUCCUGAGACCCGAGCUCUGGUUUGCGAUGCAUUUUUCAUAUCGCCAAGAUAUUUGUGAUUAGAUGGACCUGAUUUGUGUAAAAAUAAAGCUUCCUCUUUAAACAGGAAGUUGUAUUUUGUUACAUGGUUAUGAUAUACUUUUGUAAAAAAAAAAAAAAAAAAAAAAAGUCCUCGGGGACAAUGGGCUUAUUUUAUAGUGUAACACAACAACAUGAACAUGGCUUAACAAAGUAUAAAACACUAUUGAACAGAGUGAAGUAUCUGGUACGUCAAAGCCAAAAUGUAACGUCCAGGUCUCAGGAGGUUAACAGUGAAUAUGCAUUUGAUCCAUAACUGAGGUCAUGUGACCACAUACCUGCAAACUAGUCGCUUUUUGGCGAAAUUUACCAAUUUCAAACUAAAAUAUGUAAUUUACAUGAAUCGUCUAGAUCUGAAGAGGU